UACCACAUCAGGACGCUACAGUAGCCAGCUGCAACUCCAGGGGGCUUUUAGGUAAGCAGCAUGUGAGCUGUGAUGUGGCCACGACCACCCUACUCCUUGCGCACACCCAGAUCCCCCCCGGGAGCUUCAUGAACGCCAGCAGGUUGGAACCUGGCUUGUGUGCAGCCCAUCCCGAGGCGAGCAGGGAAGGGGGGCGGGGGGAAGCAGCCUAGUGGCGGGAGUAAUUGCUUCCCCCCCCCCGCGCCCAGCUGCGCGGGGUGUAUUAUUAGCCCCAGAGGGAGGCUGUGUGAGGCCGGGGUCACGGGAAUAGGCGAAGGGAAACCCCAGGGUGGGGAAAAGACGGCAAGCUCCCUACGGCCGGCUCCCCAGGGAAGUACCUGCGGGGCGGGGGCUUAGUCACAGAGCUGUGCGGCACCAAGUACUUUCCCUCUUGUGACUGAAAAAAAUGGGAGGUGGGGCGAGCAAGCCAGGGGAUUCCUCCGCUGCGAGCCCCGCCUGGGCUUUUAUGUAACGCCGCAGACAGGCACAGGCUGGUUCUCGCCGUUUGACUUGCCUGGAAAUUCCCAGCGGCUCGGCUCCGCCCCUUGCAGAAAUCCCCUCCGCGGAAGGCGUAUAUCCAGCGCCGCCGCCCGCCGCCGCUCUCACACGGAUGCUCGCCGGCCGCCGCUGAGCCGCGGACUCGGGUCGCUCGCGAAGGGGAGCUUGCGCCGCGCGCCCGGAGCUAGCGGAGGCCGAGCCCAUGUUCCAGCCCAGCUGCAGCCCGGAGGGCCGGCGGGACUUGGCGAUGGAGGGCCGCGCCGAGCCGCUGAAGAAGGAGCGGCAGCUCGGCUUGCUGCAGGACGACCGGCACGACAGCGGGCUGGACUCCAUGAAGGAGGAGGAGUACGAGCUGCUGGUGAGGGAGCUGACGGACAUCAGGCUCCAGCCCCAGGAGGAGCGGGGGGCGCCGGCCCAGCCUUGGCAACAGCAAGCGACUGAAGACGGAGACACAUUUCUCCACUUGGCAAUUAUUCACGAAGAAAAGUCCUGGAGCGUGGAGGUUAUUCGCCAGGCAGCUGCCAAUCCUGCCUUCCUGAACUUUCAGAAUAACCUAAACCAGACUCCACUUCACCUGGCAGUAAUCACAGAUCAGGCUGAAAUUGCUGAGAUUCUUCUCAAGGCCGGAUGUGACCCAGAGAUCAGAGACUUCCGAGGAAAUACACCACUUCAUAUUGCCUGUGAGCAGGGCUCUCUCAGAGCUGUCGGCAUCCUCACUCAGUACUGCCAGGAGCACCACCUAUAUUCAGUCCUACAGUCUGCCAACUACAAUGGACACACGUGUCUCCAUUUGGCAUCUAUUCAUGGGUAUCUGGCUAUAGUAGAAUAUUUGCUGUCCUUGGGAGCAGAUGUCAAUGCUCAGGAGCCUUGUAAUGGCAGAACUGCCCUCCACUUAGCUGUAGACCUGCAGAAUUCAGAACUGGUAUCGCUUCUGGUAAAACAUGGGGCUGAUGUGAACAAAGUGACCUACCAGGGCUAUUCUCCAUACCAGCUCACGUGGGGAAGAGACAGCUUCAGCAUACAGGAACAGCUGAAACACUUAACCACAGCUGACCUACAAAUGCUACCAGAAAGUGAGGAUGAGGAGAGCUGUGGAUCAGAAUCAGAAUUCACAGAGGAUGAAAUAAUGUAUGAUGACUGUGUUAUUGGAGGACGACAGUUGGCGUUUUGAAGAAGAGGUUUCUCAUAAAGGACAUGACUAUAUAUAUGUAUAGGAAGCUGACAUAUUUUCUUAAAAAAAGAUAAAAUGUGAAAAAAAAAAAAAAGUUGAAAUACUACGCUGCACACCAUGGACUACGUCAUUAUAACAGCAGGUUUCACAUUCCAACCCAUACUUUUACUAACAGGAGUUGGAUGUGUAACAUCAGUAGAAAUCUGUGUUUAUUUGUGCCAGUUAUGGAUUAACUGGUUGUCAAAAUGUAUGAACAGUAUGAGGACAACAGUCUACUGGAUCCACCUGAAUAUUCAUUUUGGGUGCACGAAUGCAUUUGAGAGAUGACCGUGAAUUUUUCUGUGGAGUUGUUUCCUCCUACGUGGCUGGACAGGUUCACAUGAGUAUCCCAUCCGCUGGAAGAAAUUGCAUAGAUUUCUGCUGGGCUGAUUAUAAUCACUCCUAAUGACUGACCUCAGCUGUUCUUUGUACUGUAAUGCAGAGAGAGGAAUUGAAACAAAAGAAUGACCUCUCAGCUUUUAUGGGAAAGGUAGCAAUAAUGUUAACUGUGUGCAUUGGAAACAGUAUAUUUCCCUAUAUAUGUGGCAUGAUUGCUUCACUUUUAGCAGUUGUAUAUAUUGUAUAUUUUGUUUAUAAUUAUUUUGGUACCUGAGAGAUGUAUAUUUAUUAAAAAAAAUGUCAAGUUC